GUCAAUCAAACGCCAUGAAAACCAGGAGGACGGGAUGGACACUAGGAGUCGUGAGCGGUCUCUUGAGCGGUGGUGUAUGGAGUUACAAUCCGGUGGGAGGCGACCUUUGCAACGCCUUGAACGACUGUAGCGGCCAUGGCAAGUGCAACACGUUGACGAAAGUGUGCACAUGCUCCAACGGAUGGGGCAGCCCGUCGGACAUCUCGCACAACAAGGCCGCCGAUUGUUCCCGACGCGUGUGUCCGUCUGGUGCAUCAUGGAACUCCAUCCCAACGCUGCCGACGACGGCCCACACGGCCGCCGAAUGUUCCGACAUGGGAGUAUGCGACACGACCUCGGGCGAGUGCAAGUGCUUUCCAGGGUUUGUGGGCGCCGCAUGCGAUCGCACGUCAUGCCCCAAAGACUGCUCCGGCCACGGCAUCUGCAUGAGCAUGAGGGCUCUUGCCGGUGUCUCAGCAGCCUUGCCGUUGUCGGCUCCCACGACAUAUGGAGGGCAACCCAGCACGACUACAUGGGACCAAGACCGCCUCUUUGGCUGUGUGUGCGACUCGCCGUGGGCAGUGGGCCUGGCGUCAGGUCAAGUCCAGGCCAGUGGGUGGUUUGGCGCCGAUUGCUCCCUUCAGCACUGUCCGUACGGAGACGACCCCGUCACCAUCGGGACGGACGAAUUGAACUGCACUGGUGUGGCCGCCCCGGGCGGGAUGGGGGUGGGGGCGUCGGGCAAUGUAUGCUUUAUCGAGUGUUCGAAUCGAGGGGUGUGCGACUACAUCACGGGGCUUUGCACGUGUUUCGAAGGGUUUUAUGGGUCCAACUGCGGAACCAUGUCGAUGGGGUAGAAGGCUUUGAAGAAAAUUGGGUUGUCGUCAAUGAUACGAU